AUGGGAGAAAUAUAUUCACCAAGCCAAUCCAAGGGAUUUAAUCAGCCAUACGGCUACCCAAUGAAUUGCAAUAUGAGCCGAGUUUUCAUUGAAAUGACAGAAGAAGAUCGAAAAUGUUUAGAAGAAAGAAAGUAUUGGUGUUUUAUGCUCAGCAGUAUAGUAACCUUCUGCGUUUCUAUGCUGCUUGUUGUGACAUGGCGGAUAGUUACUCAUCUGUUUUGUCAAAGAAGCCGCGAUGAACCACCAGCAGUUGAGGUUCCGCCGGAAGCUGUUCCGUUACAGGUUAAUGGUAAACAUGGAGUGGUUAAGAAUGAAUUUGAAGGAUUAGCUUUGAAACAAGAAGAAAAACACUUAGGAUGGAUGACAGAAGCAAAAGAUUGGGCUGGAGAAUUAAUAUCUGGGCAAAGCUUGACCGGAAGAUUUUUAGUUGUUCUCGUAUUCGUUCUAUCAGUCGGAUCUCUUGGAAUCUAUUUCUAUGAUGCAAGCUUUCAAAACUUUCAAGUUGAAACAUGUAUUCCAUGGCAAGAAAGUCCUUCUCAACAAAUCGACUUGGGUUUCAAUAUAUUCUUUCUCGUUUACUUCUUCAUUAGAUUUAUCGCAGCUUCGGACAAAGUUUGGUUCUUAUUAGAGCUUUAUAGUUUUAUUGAUUAUUGUACUAUUCCUCCAUCAUUCGUGGCUAUUUAUUUACAAAGAAAUUGGCUAGGUUUUCGAUUUCUUCGAGCUCUUCGUCUCAUGACAGUUCCUGAUAUUUUACAAUAUUUAAAUAUUCUCAAGACAUCAUCGUCUAUUCGUUUAACACAAUUGGUUACGAUUUUCGUUUCUGUAUGUCUAACAGGAGCUGGCGGGGUUCACCUGUUCGAGAACUCUGGCGAUUUCUUCAAAGGAUUCAUCAAUCCACAUAGAAUUACAUAUGCUGAUUGUGUUUAUUUCGUUCUAGUUACUAUGUCCACAGUCGGUUAUGGUGACAUCUAUUGUACGACACUAUGUGGACGAAUUUUCAUGGUCUUCUUCAUUCUCGGUGGUUUGGCUAUGUUCGCCAGUUACGUACCGGAGAUAGCAGAUCUGAUUGGCAAUCGUCAAAAGUAUGGUGGAGAAUAUAAGGGAGAACACGGAAAAAAACACAUUGUUGUAUGUGGACAUAUCACAUAUGAUUCUGUUAGUCAUUUCCUUCAAGAUUUUUUGCACGAAGAUCGCGAUGAUGUGGAUGUUGAAGUUGUCUUUCUGCAUAGAGUAGUUCCAGACCUUGAAUUAGAGGGUUUAUUUAAACGUCAUUUUACGAAAGUUGAGUUCUUCACGGGUACUGUCAUGGACUCACUGGAUCUUUCUCGUGUGAAGGUAACUGAUGCUGAUGCUUGUCUUGUUCUGGCUAACAAGUAUAGCACUAAUCCGGAUGCAGAAGAUGCAGCAAACAUCAUGAGAGUCAUUUCAAUCAAAAACUAUUCAAGUGAUAUCAGAGUUAUCGUACAACUAAUGCAAUAUCAUAAUAAGGCUUAUUUACUUAAUAUUCCUUCAUGGGAUUGGCGUCGUGGUGACGAUGUGAUUUGUUUAGCAGAACUCAAAUUAGGAUUUAUUGCUCAAUCUUGCCUUGCUCCAGGAUUUUCAACUAUGAUGGCCAAUUUAUUUGCUAUGAGAAGCUUUAAGACGUCUCCUCAUACCCCUGCUUGGUUGAAUGAUUACUUGCGAGGAGCAGGAAUGGAAAUGUAUACGGAAAAAUUAUCUCAAGCUUUUGUAAAUAUGACGUUUCCAGAAGCUGCUGACCUACUUUUCACUCGUCUGGGGUUGUUGUUGUUAGCAAUAGAGUUGAAAGAUGAGGAAAAUAAGGAAUGUAAUAUUGCUAUUAAUCCGGGACCGCACAUCACCAUUCAGCCUCAAACUCAGGGAUUCUUUAUAGCUCAGAGUGCAGAUGAAGUCAAAAGAGCUUUCUUCUGGUGUAAGCAAUGUCAUGAAGAUAUUCGGGAUGUUACUUUGAUCAAGAAAUGCAAAUGUAAAAACCUUGCCCUGUUCCGUCGAAACACCAAGCACUCCAACGCCAGAGCUCGUAACAACGUUGAAGCAGCACCUCCACAGAUACCUCAACAUGGACCACAAGCUCAGCUGCGUAUGCUCAGCGAACAAAGUUCGACCAGUGAUAAUCAUCUGGCGUCGAAAUCUAUGCGAUUCGCCUAUGAGAUCAAGAAACUAAUGCCAUCUUCUGGACCAGGACGACGAAAUUCAAUGAGCAUACCACCAGAUGGUCGUGGUGUUGAUUUCACUAAAGAUUUCGAACAACAAGAUAUGAAGUAUGACAGUACUGGAAUGUUUCAUUGGUGUCCUAGUAGAAAUCUGGAUGAAUCUGUUUUGGAAAGACAUCAAGCUGCAAUGACAGUUCUGAACGGUCACGUAGUCGUUUGCUUGUUUGCUGACCGUGAUUCUCCUCUUAUUGGAUUAAGAAACUUCAUUAUGCCUUUGAGAGCUUCGAAUUUCCACUAUCAUGAGCUGAAGCAUGUGGUCAUUGUGGGUGAUUUGGAAUAUCUAAGGAAGGAAUGGAAAACCCUUUACAAUCUACCGAAAAUAUCCAUCCUGAAUGGCUCCCCCUUAUCUCGUGCAGAUCUUCGAGCAGUUAAUAUAAACCUUUGUGAUAUGUGCGUGAUAAUAUCGGCUCGGGUACCAAAUACGGAAGACACCACGUUAGCGGAUAAGGAAGCUAUUCUUGCUUCUCUUAACAUCAAAGCCAUGCAGUUCGAUGAUACUCUCGGAUUCUAUCCCAUGCGGCCUGUAGAUGCUAACGGAAGCCCCUUAAAUAGCCCAUCAGCCAUAGCGAUGCAUAGGAAGGGUGCUCGAUUUGGUACCAAUGUGCCCAUGAUCACGGAAUUAGUCAAUGAUUCUAAUGUACAGUUCUUGGAUCAAGAUGAUGACGAUGAUCCGGACACAGAGCUAUAUCUGACGCAACCAUUUGCUUGCGGAACAGCUUUUGCUAUAUCUGUUCUUGAUUCCCUCAUGAGUACGACAUAUUUCAAUGAUUCGGCUUUAACACUUAUAAGAACGCUUGUGACAGGAGGAGCAACCCCAGAACUUGAGCUUAUACUAGCAGAAGGAGCUGGUUUGCGUGGAGGAUAUAGUACACCGGAAACUAUGGCUAAUCGAGAUAGAUGCAGAAUAGCUCAGAUAGCUCUAACAGAUAAUCCAUACGACGGAAUCGGGCAUAACUCAACUUAUGGUCAGAUGUUUUCAACAGCUCUCAAAAAAUAUGGUCAAUUAUGUAUUGGAUUAUACAGAUUGCACGACCAAGAUAACCCCGAUUCGAUGAAGAGAUAUGUGAUUACGAACCCACCAGCUGAGCUUAGGAUACGAAGUUCCGAUUAUGUGUACGUGUUAGAGCAGUUUGAUCCAGGUCUGGAAUACGAGCCAGGCAAACGAAACAACUAUUACUGA